CCAAGCUCGAAGACAAAUUUUGAUGAAAACGACUGAACAUACACUCAACCAAGCAUAUGCUAUGAUCACACAAGAUGAAAGCCAACAAUCUUUGGGUGGUAGUGAAAUGGCAGAAAAUGUGGAUUCUAUGGCAAUGCAAGUUGGAAGAGGUCAAGUUUUUCGAGGAAUGAAACAAUUGCUACAAUGUGAGCAUUGCCAUAGGAAGGGCCACACCAAGGAGAAUUACUUCAAAAUCAUUGGUUGCCCUAAAGAUUUCAAAGGGAAGAAGAAUUAUCAGACUAGAGAAUAUAUGACUAAAGGACCUUUCACUGAAGCCAAUAAUGUGGAAGAACCGGCAACUUCCAAUUCACGUGGAGUAGCACAACAAAAGGGAGAUUACUUCUUUAAUAAAGCACAGUACCAGCAGAUACUUCACUUGCUCAUCAAGGAUUCAAAUGUUGAUAAUCAGACACAAGCAAACAUGGCAGGGUGAAGGGGAUUAGUAAGGAAAUUGGUGGCCUUUAUCUGAUAAGAGGAAGAAGAACAAAACAAAUAGUUGCUCAUAUCAAGUCUGUGGAGAAGAACAAAGAUACAAGAGAACUUUGGCACAGGAGAUUAGGACAUCCUUCAUUUGCAGUAAUGCAACAUGUUUCUUUUUUGCAUAAUAAAGUAGACAGUACAAUACACAAUAAAUGUUCUGUUUGUCCAUUAGCUCAGCAACAUAGGUUAAACUUCCCUAUUAGCGAGCACCUAAUUAAUAAGCCUUUUUAGCUUGUUCACAUGGAUGUAUGGGGACCUUAUAAGGUAGCUACACAUGUUAAUAAGCAUUACUUUC